AUGGUCGAGCUGUACACCCAAAAAGUCCCCGACAUGUCCGGUGGUGCCAAAGUCAAUGCCGUCGACAUCCUCAUUAUCACCACGGUACUGCUCUUUACGAUGGUGGUGGCUAUUGUCGCUUCCAUCCAAGCUGGAGAGAGUCACUUGGCCAAGUAUUUACCGUGCAUUCGUCCAGCUAAACGCAACGUGGACCAAGUCGUAAAAUCACCGGGUGACGCCUACGUGGCAUCCGAGGCCACCCCCACCAAGAAUCUACCUGCCGGUGACGAGCAUGGCCCAGAAAUCUCUCAACAUCGUUCGUCGGCCUCGUUGAUUGCGCGUGACGGACCGGAUCACAAAAACAAUGAAAUGUCCAACUUUUUCUUAGCUGAUCGAGGCAUGCAAUGGUACUUUGUCGGUGGAGCUCUAUUUGCCAGCAACAUUGGUGCUGAACACUUUAUCGGAAUGGCUGGCGACGGAGCUCGUCGAGGGAUUGCAGUGGCCAUGUACGAAUGGUACGCUGCAAUUUUGAUCUUGUGCUUGGGCUGGAUUUUCUCUCCAAUUUACCGUCGCUGCGGCGUGUACACGACCCCCGAAUUCCUAGAAUACCGCUUUGGUGCUCCGUGCAGACACUAUUUGUCACUCAUCACUCUCGUCAUGUACGUAUUGACGAAGAUGAGUGCAAGUAUCUAUGGCGGUGCCAUUGUCUUCCAAGCAACUUUAGGGUGGAAUCUGUACCUGGGUGCAGGCGUGUGCAUUGCUCUGAGUGCUUUGUACAGCAUUGCUGGUGGCCUUCGUGCUGUUAUGUACACGGAUCUGUUCCAGAUGUGUAUCUUCACUUUGGGAGGCCUCGUACUCUUUUCGUACUCGAUGAACCAGAUUGGCGGCUUCGAAGGCAUCAAGGAAAACCUGGCAAACCAAAACCGCUCAGACUGGUUUCAUUUGUGGAAGCCAACGGACGACCCAGACUACCCUUGGACGGGUAUGAUCUUUGGUCAGCCCAUGGGAUCGAUCUGGUAUUGGUGCAUGGAUCAAGAUCUUGUUCAGCGUGUGCUGUCUGCCAAGGACACGGCUAACGCGAAGGCUGGCUGCUCAUUCGCCAGUAUGCUCAAGACACUUCCGCCAUUCCUGAUCGUUAUCCCAGGCAUCAUUGCUAGCAUCUACUUUGACUUCAGUAAGAUUGACGAUGGUACCGACGCCGCGUACCCAACAUUACUUACAGAAAUGAUGCCGCAUGGCAUUAUUGGCUUGAUGAUCUCUAGUAUCAUCACCGCUAUGAUGUCUAGUUUGGCUUCCGUCUUUGCUGCGGGCUCGUCCGUUGUCACCAACGACAUUUAUCUCAAAUUUAAACCAGAUGCUUCGCACAAGCAGCUCGUGUGGGUCGGGCGCGUAAGUAUCGUCGUCUUUGCCGUGCUAAGCUUUUGCUGGAUCCCCAUCAUGCGCAAUGGAACAGGUCUUUAUGAACAGAUUGUUGAGAUUCAAAGCUACUUGACCCCUCCCAUCGGUAUCGUGCUCGUGCUGGGUGUUGCCUGGAAGCCGGCUAACGUGUACGGCGCAUUUUCUGCUAUGAUUGUCGGUGGCUUGCUGGGUUUCUCACGUCUUAUCUUCGUGACGAUUAAGGACGACAGCAUGGAUGGUGAUCUACCUGUAUUCUGGAACACUUUCUUUUACAUGAACUUCCAACACUUUGCCCUGUUACUAUGGGUCACCGCUUUGGUCGUAUGUGUCGUGGUCAGUCUGCUGACACAGCACAAGAACCUUCCUUCAGAGGAGGUGCGUAAGUACAUGAUCCGCUGGGACCAGGUUCUCAAACUCGACGAAACGGAGCUUGCCAAGCCCAUGUGGGUGAACGUACUUGUUGCUGGUAGUGGUAUUGCUGCUCUUGCUGUCACGUUUACAAUGUGGAUUUACUUCGCGUAG